AUGGCGUCAGUCGUGCUAGGAUUUGUCGAACCUUCGGGUCUUCCGAUGGCGCCGCGUGCUUCCACGACAGCUUUUCCGCCCAUUUCCGGGCACGCGAACACCAGCCUCACGAACUUUACCCUCGACGAACCGGUACUGCUUGGAUGGGUGAAUUCGUCCACCGUGGCGCCACCUGUCGGAGCGGACAUCAUGUCCAACAAGCUGCUCCAGAUCGUGUUCUGCGUGCUGUACUCCAGUAUCUUCGUGCUGGGUGUGUUCGGCAAUGUGCUCGUGUGCUACGUCGUGUUCCGCAACAAGGCCAUGCAGACGGUGACGAACCUGUUCAUCACGAACCUGGCCCUCUCGGACAUCCUGCUGUGCGUGCUGGCCGUGCCGUUCACGCCGUCCUACACGUUCUUGAGGCGCUGGGUGUUCGGGAAGCUGCUCUGCCACACGGUUCCGCUGGCGCAGGGCUGCAGCGUGUACAUAUCGACCCUGACGCUGACGUCGAUCGCGAUCGACCGGUUCUUCGUGAUCAUCUACCCGUUCCAUCCGCGCAUGAAGCUGUCCACCUGCAUCACGAUCAUCGUGCUGAUCUGGUCGUUCGCCAUCAUGGUGACGAUGCCGUACGGGCUCUACAUGAAGCUGCACGGGGUGGCCUUCAACGCCACCGACAGCCCUCAGGGGACGCUGCCGAGCGCGAUGUACUGCGAGGAGCUGUGGCCCUCGGAGGAGAUGCGCAAGACGUUCUCGAUCGUGACGUCGAUCCUGCAGUUCGUCCUCCCCUUCAUCAUCAUGGCGUUCUGCUACGUGUGCGUGUCGAUCCGGCUGAACGAUCGCGCCCGGACCAAACCGGGCAGCAAGACGUCGCGCCGGGAGGAGGCGGACCGGGACCGGAAGAAGCGCACCAACCGCAUGCUGAUCUCGAUGGUGGCCAUCUUCGGCAUCUCGUGGCUGCCACUGAACGUCGUCAACAUGUGCAACGACUUCUACUCGGACAUCAACGGGUGGCGCUUCUACAAUCUGAUCUUCUUCAUCGCGCACCUCACCGCCAUGUCGUCGACGUGCUACAAUCCGUUCCUGUACGCCUGGCUGAACGACAACUUCCGGAAGGAGUUCAAGCAGGUGCUGCCCUGCUUCGACCCGUCGCGCGGUCGGGCAGGGACGGUCAACGGGAACCGUGGGGGCGGUGGAGGGUGGCGUUCCGAGCGGACGUGCAACGGCAACAACGAUACGGUGCAGGAGACACUCAUCGCGAGCUCGCAGGCUCUUCCCAGCGGUCGCAGCUCGCAGCAGCCGUCGCAGCAACAUGCGAGUUCCGGUUCCAGCCAGACGCACCACCAGCCCACGGUCGACUCGAUCCUGCUGUCGGAGGUUGGUCCACCGCUUCCGCUGCCUCCUCCGAUCAACAGCAACGUGCUGCCGAGCGUGCAGAGUGCGGAAACCGUCGUGUUGCCCUCGGGCGUCCUCGAAACGCCAUUCGACGUGCAGCUCGUGCCGGGCGUGCGUAAUGGGACCAAGGUGGAGGGGGCCACGACGCUGGCGGCGACGUCGGCGGCGAGCGUUGGCAAUGGAGCGCUGAACCAUGGCAGCUCCAACUCGAAGCUGUCCUCCCUGAUCCUUAUCAACGAUGGCACUACGCCAGACUCGAAGGUGCCCGCAAUACUAUAA